AUGACCACAACAACCACAACUGCCACGGAUGCAGGUUCUUCGAAAUCUAACUUUUCACUCUUUGUGCCCUCACUCAGCCAUGCAUCCUUAUUAGUACCCAAUCAGAGUUUUAUAAAACAUCCCAUUCUUCGUUCCGAUUCGGCUGUAUCAAGUUCUCGAUUUUUAAACAACUCUACUAACAUUAAGCAAUAUCCAUUUGGUGGACCUCAGAUGGAAAUUGUCUAUGAGGGUACAAGGAAAUUUUGUGGAUCACCAUUAACGAUACGGCCAUCAAGAAUACUGAUUGAGGAAUUGAGUGGAGAAGGAAUUCCAAAUGCAGAGGAUUUCUUUUCAACUGCCAAUGAAAGUAUUAUUUCACCUCUCAAUUUUAUUUUGAAACAUUAUGAAACUAGAAUGGAACAAUAUGAUCGAUUCUAUUAUAUCAUGUUGAUACUAUUUAUUUUCUUAUUCAUUUUCACUUUUUUCAUUGGAGGUUUCAUAUUUGUCUUUUUAAUUUACAUUGCACCACUACUAAAGAUGAGAUAUAUGAGGCGAUAUGAUAAGAAUGUAAAAACGAGGAUAAGGAAAAUGUUGGAGAAGGAAAAUGAAAAAUUAUUGAAAUAUGGAUUGGAGUGGGUGGUUUAUUAUAAAUUCAAACAAACUGUUUCAAAUUCGAUCAUGGUGGGGCAUUGGAUGGAGGUAACGAUCGUCCAAGAUGUCACUCUGAGGCUCAUUAGACUUGGUUCUCAAGUAACAUCGGAGGAUUAUCAAGACUUUCUUCAUGUUCCACCAACACCAACAACCUUAACACCAACCAAUUUGGAUUCUUUUUACACUUAUUCACCUCACGGCGCAUCUGCUGCAAGGAUUUUAACUGUGGAUGCUUUUACAAAUGUUCCUGCAACGGCAUAUAGAUUGGGCACUGCAACCAUGACUAAAUCAGCUCAAGAUCUUCAUAAAUCCCCUCCAAAAACCAAUGUUGUCACACCAGCGAACGGUGAUGAAGAUGUUGAAGAUAGACCUAAAAGUUCUACACUCUUUACAAGAAGUACUUCUCCUUUUUCAGGAACAGAGCAGAGUAAUGAUGUUGUUACACCAUUUGUGGCAACUGUUGUUGAUGAGGAAGAGCAAGAGGAGGAAGAAAAAUCACAAAACCAUUAUUCGAGUAGUGAUGCUGUAACUCCUGUAACUCCCUUUAGUACUGAAGACGUUUCAAAUGUUGACUUGAUUGACUAG